UUUCUAGGGUUCACAACUUCAUGAGCAGAGAGGCAACAGCCAAUCGUUAUUAUCUGCUUGAUAUCUGCGAUCAACGACUAUUAAUCAUUUAGAGUUACAAAAUUGGAUCCGAAUCCUUUUUGGAUUCGAUCUGUUCAGAAAAUCGAAGCAGUCUUUCUUCUCUUACUCUCCUGUUACAAUUUCUUUUCUCUUCAAUGGCAGAGAGUGACCGCAUUGUUGUCGAUUUUGCUUGGAAGUAUGUUCAGCUCAUGCAAACGAGUUUUGAUGAAUGCCAAGCUCUUCUUGAACGAGCUGAUGGAGAAGCUCCUUCCAGAGAAGAGAUACAACGUUGUGAGAACAUUGUUGAGUUUUGUAAGAUGGAAGCAGGAUCAUUAGAUAUAGCAUAUAAACAAGGUAAAAAGUUACUUGAACAAUCAUGCGAGAUAAUUAACAGGUUUAAAAACAUUCAUCAACAGGAAAAUAUUGAUGGGAGUAAAAAAAUCCCAAAAGCUUCAUCUGGAAAGUAUGUGUUUUCCAACAAGGAUGAAAUUGUAACUUUGCUGUCCUCCACCGAGUUUAGCCUGUCUGAGAAAAUUGAAAAGCUUUGGAGGUUUCCUUCUAGUAGGGACGAGGAGAUACUCAUAGUCAUGGGUAAUGCUGCGGUUACAAUUGGAGGUUUCAAGACUCUUGCUCCAAGGACUUGGUUGGAUGAUAUUGCAAUAAGUGCAUAUAUGAUAUUGAUAAACAGAAGAGGGUUGAGAACGGAUGGCAAGUUCCACUGCUAUUGCUGUAACUCAAAUCUUUACCAAGUGUACGUUGCAAACAAUAAUGAAAUCACCAGAGGAGUACAGGGUUUUGCUUCCGAAGAGGGGAUUCUUAACUGCCUCAAGACAUGUUUUCCCAUCAACAUAAGGGAGAACCACUGGAUCUUAGCAAUUGUAAAUGUUGAAGAGAAAAAAAUUUCAGUAUCUGGAUUCAAUGCCGAUUUUUAUGAGAAAGCUCUGUUACAUCAUGGACGACAAAGUAAUGUUAAAAGUUGGCCUUUUGAACGUACAACUGUUCCGCAACAAAAUAAUUGCUAUGAUUGCGGUGUGUAUGUGGUUAAAUAUGCUGAUUGUUACAGCAGAGGCCUCGAUCUUCAUUUUACUCAGGGCGAUAUAGAUAAUUUUAGGACAACGAUGGCGCAUGAAAUCUUCCCUGCCAUGGCCCCUUGAUCCUUUAUUUCUUAUGGUAAUACACAUUAUCGCUAGCUUGUAGAAGGGGUGGAGCGGAAGCUAGAACUUAGUCAUGCAUAAUUCAUUGCACAAAUCUAAUAUUAGAACUUUUUUUAAUCUUGGUUUGAUAUUAGAAGUUUUAGUUUUGUUUAUGAUAUUAUAAGGAUACGCUUAAACUUUUGGUAUUAGAAGUAUUUGAAGUUUUAGCUUUGCUUUGGAAAUUAUAAGGAUAAGUUUAAACUUUUGGUAUUUGAAGUUCUAAUUCUGCUCUCUAAAAAUAGAUUUGGAAUUUUUGUGUGAAA